CCGGUGGGCAGCAUGGCUGACUCGCUGCUACUGUUUAAGAGGGGUCCUUCUCGGUCCACGUGGCUGCGGGCCCGCAAGGCCCGGCCCCGCCUCAUCCUCAGCUACCGGCCCCGCCGCCGGCUCGGGAGGCUGCGCUGGCGCGGCCGAAGGCGCUUUCGGCGGCGACUGCUGCAGGCCCAGGCGGCCGGCGCGGACUGGCGGGAGGGCUGCUGCCUGGUGUCGCGCGCGGCGGCGCCCCGGAGGCCCAAGACCGCGGCCCCCAGCCCCCGCCCGGCCGAGGAUCCGACCCCGAGUUGUUCCGCGAUCCUCCCCAUCCCGCCAGUGCGGUCGGCCGGCUCGGGCCGCGCCGUGUUGCUGCUGCCGCUGGGGCAGGGCUUUACUUUUAGCGGGAUCUGUCGUGUGACCUGCCUCUAUGGCCAGGUGCAGGUGUUUGGUUUUACCAUCAGCCAAGGCCAACCUGCCCAAAAUGUCUUCUCUACCUAUACCCACUCUCGCCUGACUAUCAAUGCAGUUCAUUACUCAGUGCAUGAGAAAAGCAAGAAAGAGAUGAAAAGGGAAGCCCGAAGUUUGCUCAGAUCUUAUCUGAACCAAGAUGACAGAUAUUGUUUGAUGAAGAAUUUUUCUCCUCUGUGUUCCAUUCUGUUGCUGGAACGUCUGAAAACCUCCACUGUGAACUUCAUAAUCAGCCAUCCAGGUUUAUCUUACGUUUUCGUACAAGAGAUUCCGACUUUCCAGAUUAACUCUGAGUAUUUCGCCUUGAAAUCUGUCGGCAUUAGAAGAGAGAGAAAAAAAAACGGCCUUCGUUUAACCGAGAGUGCCUUUUCAGUCAUGGAAGAGUUAGUCAGCAUCUCUUGUGAAGAAGCAGACGGCUGCCCUGUCAUUCUGGUUUGUGGCUCUCAGGACAUUGGAAAGUCAACAUUUAUUAGAUACCUGAUUAACCAGUUGUUAAAUAGUAUAUCCUGCAUUGACUAUUUGGAAUGUGAUCUGGGACAGACAGAAUUUACUCCACCAGGUUGCAUUUCUCUACUUAAUGUUACAGAACCAGUUCUAGGACCACCUUUCACCCACCAGAGGACACCCCAGAAAAUGGUCUAUUAUGGGAAGCCUUCUUGUAAAAACAACUUUGAAAAUUAUAUUGAGAUAAUAAAGUAUGUGUUCAGCUCCUACAAGAGAGAGUCCCCGCUUAUCGUCAACACGAUGGGCUGGGUGGCAGACCAGGGUCUCCUGCUUCUUAUUGACCUGAUCCGACUGCUGUCGCCCAGCCACGUCGUCCAGUUCAGCUCCGACCGGGGUAGGUACAUGCCAGACCUCAGCCCAAGCUACGUGGGCGACAUGGACGGCUUGUACACGAAGAGCACGUCCAAAGUCAGAAGCAGAGGGUUCCACCUGGCAGAAUUCACAGACAAUUUGGAAUUUGCUGACGAAGAAAAGGAGAAUCCAGUUCUGUUUACUGGAUACAAACUGAUGUCCGUUAAGUCGGAGUUUGUGUCUGGAAAAACCCCAAGAAAUAGAGAAUCACAUAACAAAGUCCUUCGCGAGUUGGCAGUGCUGAGUUACCUUGGCCAGUUGCAGCCCCCAGUGCCAAAGCCACUGUGUCCCUUACAUGGUCUGACACCCUAUCAGGUCCCUUUCAACGCCAUCGCACUCCGGAUUAUCCACGCUGAUGUCGCUCCUACCCACAUAUUGUACGCUGUGAAUGCCAGCUGGGUUGGGCUUUGCAAGAUCCUGGAUGAUGUCAGAGGACAUGCACAUGGGCCCAUCCUGCUUGCCCAGACACCCAUCUGUGAUUGUUUGGGGUUUGGAAUUUGUAGAGGGAUCGACAUGGAGAAGAGGCUUUACCACAUCCUCACUCCUGUGCCCCCGGAAGAGCUAAGAAACGUGAACUGUCUGCUGGUUGGAACCAUUUCCAUUCCACAGUGUGUUCUCAAGAGCCAGCGUGGGCUCGAAGGGACGAUACCUUACAUCACAACAGAUUAUAAUUUUAAACUUCCUGGAGCAUCAGAGAAAAUUGGAGCAAGAGAAAUUGAGGAAACACGUAAAGAGAAAGUACACCCCAAACCUAAAUUCUAUCGAAAAACAAACUGAUCCUGAUGUUCUUAAUAAGGGAAGGACCUUUUCUACCGAGAGCUUGACUCUGUCUCCAGGCUGGCACCAGCGGACUGAUGGGGUUCUGUGGCCACAAACGGAACGGCGCGCUUACGUAGCAAAUGGUGCAGUGUUUGCUGCAUAACUUGUGGAUAUGUUUAGAGUACAUUUAAGUCUGUUCUUAAGUCGACGUGACCUAGAGGUUUGCCCUAGUCUUCUGUUUUAUUUUCUAAGGGAGUAAAGCAGCAGGGAAAAGUUUGUGUGCCAUUGAAACAGAAAGAACAUGGUAGAUUCCUCAUACAGUUUUUCCAGGACCUGGUUGUUGGCAUCUGGAUAAAAAUAGAGUAACGGGAGCCACAGAAACGUCCCAAGGAGGAAGGCAGGCUGGCCAGCAGGAUGGAGCGCAUAACGGAAUAUGGCGGCGCCCUGUGGUCCUUGCCCCGGGGCGGGGGCAUUCCCAUCCCUGCUCAUUGGAUGCUCUCCAGCCCCUUCCAUGCAUGUGGGCCAAGGGUUAAGCCUCUGUUUGGUCUGUUAAAGUUAAUCAAGGUUUCAGAGAUAAAA